AUGCUACUAAGUAGUACUUCUGUCGUUGUGCACUUACACACCGAUAUCGGUCUCUUAUUUAGUUGUUAUGCACUACUACCAACCACCUACUGCGUUAUGACUGCUAGCGAUAGUGAUGACGGCAACAUCACGGUUGCCUCCUAUGUCCUAGGCACGAUUGGCACCGUCCUCUGGUGCAUCCAGCUAAUUCCUCAGAUCUGGUAUAAUUGGCGACAGAAGAAAACCGAUGGGUUUCCGCCUUUGAUGAUGCUUUUGUGGGCUUCUUGUGCCGUACCGAUGGGUGCUUAUAUGGUUUUGCAGGAGGUCAAUCUACCGCUACAGAUUCAGCCGCAGAUUUUUGGCUUCUUUUCGCUGGUGAGCUGGGGGCAGAUAUUAUACUAUAAUCAUAGUUAUACUUGUCUCAAGGCAACGUCGUUAGUUGUGGGUACGGCAAUGUUGUUUGGUGGGAUUGAGACGUUGUUGAUUCUCACUUUGAGGAUACCAUAUAAUAAGGGCGUGACCUGGCCGGACCUGGUGGUUGGAGUUGUUGCGGCGAUUCUACUAGCAUCUGGGCUUGUGCCGCCGUAUUUUGAACUGUGGAAGAGAGAUGGUCGCGUCAUUGGGUUCAAUUGGGUGUUCUUGUCCAUUGAUACGCUGGGAGGACUGUUCUCGCUGUUCGCUCUAGCUGCCCAGGGUUCGUUCGAUAUUCUCGGAGGGAUCAUGUACAUUCUCGUGGUCGUCCUCGAGGCAGGAAUAUAUGCAAGCCAUAUCAUCUGGCGGAUUCGAUACCGCGCAGUACGCAAGGAAGCCAAGGCAUCUGGCAGAAGCAUCGAUGAAGUGCUGGAGGAGCGAAAUCAGGUCGAAACGUCUCAGGAUAAUAAGAAAGAUGGGAUCGUUUCUCAUCACCGAGGGAACAACAGCCCUGUGCAGCAGCAGCAGCAGCAGCAGCAUUCGGAGCCAAAAGUAACGCAAAGCAUUUCGGAGGGAAAUGUUGCCGAUGCCUGA